AUGAGUGAGCAGAUUGUCCACUCACUUGAUGAUCUUAUCCCGCGUGCCCACGCCAUCAAACUGAAAAGUGCACGCGCGGGCCCCCAAACCCCCCGACUCGACGACUCCAUUUCCAUGAGCCCAUGGUGCAUGGAUGAGUCCAUUUUGGGACCACCACUCCUGCUGGCGGUCACGCUUUCAUGUGCAGUUGUUGCCAAACGACACUCGGCUGAGGCCCCGGCACCUAAACAGCAACGCCGCGCCCCGCCACCAAAUGCGGACGGGACAGACCCUCCUGUCACAAACCACAAACCUUUGAGGUGUCUAUCCGUCCUUUUCUCUUCCAUUGCUCUAGUCGUUCCAUCCCACACCUCUACUUACUUACUCUACCUUACCUUACCUUACCUCAUCCGACGGUGUCUCUGCAUGGCGUCUGCUGCUCUGCUCUGCGCUGCGUUACCUUACCUUGCUGCGGUCCCGAACCUGAAUAACCUGAUCGGCACCUCGUCAUUCAACUUUCUUUCUCCUGUUGCUUCCCGACCACCGAAAUACCAGCUGCUGUCCAACCCCUUCACCCCUCCAACUAAAGGCCCUACGGACCCUACGGAUACCUACCAACUGUCGUGCCAUCCACCUCCCCUCCUCGCCACUACUUUCCUCUACCUCAACUUCAGCCUCGUCAUACAUUUUGACAUUUCCACCGAUAGCAGCCAGACAGACGACCUCUCCUUGCCUUCUUUUGCCGCUGAGCCACUGCCGGCUGCCGGUCGAUACCUCUUCACCCUAUCCAACGUCGACAACUCUUUCUGGCGCCACUAUCGCCAGACUCGAUUACCCCCUCGGCUGCCGCGCCGUGCGCCGAACCCUCCGCCACUUCUAGAUACCAUACACACGACGCAGAGCCUCGACCUCUGGACCCUUUCUUUUUUCCCUUUCACUCAAAUAGCCAUUCUCGUUCUCUUCUUCGCCGCUUCGCUCUUCCUCUUCUGCCGGUCCAUUUCCUCACUGGCUCGUUCUUCCUCCGCCUCCUCCUCUCCCGUCAUCGCCGCCCCAGUCGCCGUACCGCGAUCACGAUUCACGAGUUUCUUCUCCUUCACAGCGCCCUUUUCUAUUUUCCAGCCGAAUGCCGCCAUCAGUUUGACCGAUGACAACAGCACUUCCUUUGUCGCUCGCCCUGCUGCAUUUGGCCCCAACCUGCCCAAUAAAGGCUUGAGCGGUCAGCUAUGGAUCGGCAGUGGUUUCGCCGACGAUAAUCUCCAGGAGGGCGAGGGCGAGGGUGAGUUGGGAUGCAGUGACAUCCCCGGUUGGGACGAUGGCAAGGCCAACGCCGUCCUCAAGACUGCCACCAAGGGCAUGUCCAAGUCCUCCAACAAGGCUGCUGCUGCUGCCGGCAAGCCUGGUCACCACAAGCGCGACAAGACCGACAAGGACGCUGUGCCCGACGCCGUGGGUGUCCCCGUCACCCGCCUCAGGUCCAAGAUUCGCCCAGCCGACGACGGUACCGACGACUACCUCCACCAAGGCCUCGCCCGGAAGCCCCAGCCCAACCACGAUAGCGCCCUGUCCACCGAGUCGACCCAUGCCGAUAUCCAAUCGAUACAAGAGGCUGCGGAGAUCGCCGGGAAGAUCGUGCUGCUCAGUCGCGGCGGCUGCGGUUUCUUGGAAAAGGUCAAGUGGGCGCAGCGACGUGGUGCCAUGGCCCUCAUUGUGGGCGAUAACACAAAGGGGGGUCCCUUGAUCCAGAUGUUUGCGAGGGGCGAUACCUCCAACGUCUCCAUUCCCUCCGUCUUCACCACCCGGACCACGGCGCACUUGCUGUCGUCGCUGACGCAACCGGGCAGCUUCAUCGAAGACACUCUCGACGAGCACGGCCGCCCGGCCCUCAAGGUGCUGCAAUCCGACGCAGGGAGCCGGAAGAACAGGAAGAACAAACCGAAGGCUGCGGCGACGACGCCGAUGCCGACCCCCAAGGCCACGGCAACGCCCAAGGCCAAGACUGCCGCAAAGGGAAAGCCGGCCAAGGCCGAGCACAAGGCAGCCAAGCCUCGCACCAGCCUGUUCCGAUGGCUUUUUAGCUGGGGCCGCAGUUCACGAUCCGGCGACAGCAUCCAGCCUCCGAGCAGCGGUCGCCAUAACUGGGUGCUCGUUGACGACUGGAGCGAGGAGAAGGACAGGGUCAUCCGAGACGGUCUCGGCAAGGCCGCCAAGAGGGGCAAAGGCAAGGUUCCCGACGCUCGCAAGAGCGAAGACACGUUCCAAAUCGGUGUCCAGGACUGGCGGGAUCCCGACUUGGUGGAUGCCCCCAGCUCCAAAGACAAGACCGAGGGCGCAGCCAAGGAGCAGCAGGUCGGCAAGCCCGGCAGCACCGCAAAAAGUGGCAAGGACGUCACCGGCCCCAAGGGCGGAAGCAUCACUCCCGGAAGCGGCGAGUACAACCCCGAUUUGCCGCCCGUUGAGACCGAGGGAUCCACCUCCGGAAAGGAGACCACAGCCCACGGAGGUAUCAUGUCCAAGAUUUUUGGAGAAGACGAUGGCGCCGACUUCUCCAAGGAGGACAAGCCUAAGGAUCCCCCACGCCCCGAGGAGCCCAUUCCCGACGAUGGCGAUAACGACAACGGCAACGAGCCUAUCGGCCACGAUGGUCUCUGGGUUACGAUUACGCCUUCAAGCAGCUCCAGCCCCUUCUUCGAUACUCUGCUGGUGCUUGUCAUCAGCCCUCUGAUCACUCUGAGCGUCGUCUAUGCCUUGUUGAUCCUCCGCGCGCGCAUUCGCAGAAGACGCUGGAGGGCACCCAAGUCGGUCGUCGAGCGUUUGCCCGUUCGCACAUAUCACACCGUCGCGGCAUCGCCUGUUCCCUCGCCGAGAAUCCCGUCACCGACAAGCCCAACACCCACUACGCCUUUGCUACAGCAGACGCCCUCCCGACCACGGCCUCGUUCUAGAACGACGACGGGCAUCCCCGAGUCGGAGAGUUUGCUGUCUGUCAACUCGGCACUGCAAAUGCCUAGGUCGCCACUGCGGACAGAGCACGAGAAGGCAAACGGCAGCUACUCGAGUGAGUGGAAGAAGUACAUGGGCAGACAGGUCGAAUGCGUGGUUUGCUUGGAGGAGUACGUCGACGGCGUCAGCCGCGUCAUGAGCUUGCCCUGUGGCCACGAAUUCCACGCAGAGUGCAUCACGCCUUGGUUGACGACGCGCCGCCGCACAUGCCCCAUCUGCAAGGGUGAUGUUGUCCGCUCUCUUGCACGCGGCUCUCCCUCCAGCCCCCGCUAUGAACCGUACCACGACGACUCUGACGACGAGGUGGAGGCCGAGGCGUCCGGCUCGCGGGACAGGGACGAAGACGUGGAGCAGGGUGGCAUCCUCUCGCCCGCGCCAAGGGGUCGCCAGACCCGGUCCGACGGGUGGUUGGGGAUGUUGUCCGGUAGCUUUGGAGCGUCGUCCCGUGCCAGUCGAUCAUCGCAGGAUGAUCGUAACCGCAUUUUGCUUUUUUCUGAUUUUUACGUUUGGCACCGUUGGAGGUUGCUUUUUCUUUCAGGCAUGGACUGGGAAGCACUAGUCCCACGGGAAACGGGACACAUGGCGGUUUUGUUUUUUGGGGGCAGCAUGGCCGAGAGGCCUGAAGGAUAUGCGACUGAAGUGAAGAGAGUGGCUGUGGCUGUGGUGUGGCGUGAGGUGGCCGAUAUACCCGUCGUCUCGUCCCCAACUGGCGAUCGGGGGGCGGACGCGCUCUUGGAAUAA